GUUUAUUUCGUUUCAUUCUUCUAGAGACCGGUAUCUCCACUUCGAUCAGAGGCGAGCCUCAUACGUUCUUUUAUUCCUUCUUGUGUGUCUCACCUUCCUUUUCUCUUACCGAACACGACCCUUCGAGCUUCCUACACGACCCGGUCCCUGUUAGACCGACACGAUGCUUUCGCGAUACGGAGUCCUGUCGUGGCUCGCCUUCUCAACGUUGGCCGCCGCCGGGAAGCAGGAGUGCGAGGUCAAAACCGAGACAGUCGUCCAGACCGAGACCGUCCACGUCCCUACCACGAUACGCGAGACCGUUCAUGUCACCAUCCCGGGGGGAAAGGAAACGGUUCAUGUGACGGUUCCGACCACGAUCCACACGACUAUACCUGUCACAGUCAGCGAAGUCAAGACCAUCCACCAAACCGUCUCGACAACCGUCAAAGAGACAGUCCACGUCACCCAACCGCCUCAGACCGUCAAGGAGACGGUUCACGUUACCUUGCCUCCCGUCAAGGAGACAGUUCAUGUUACCCAGCCGCCCAAGACCGUCAAGGAGACCGUCCACAUUACGUUGCCUCCUGUUAAGGAGACAGUGCACACUGUUAAGGAGACAGUUCACCUCACUCAACCGCCGCAAACUGUCAAAGAGACAGUCCACACAGUCCAUGUUACUCAACCGCCCCAAACCGUCAAGGAAACCGUUCAUGUUACCUUGCCUCCUGUAAAGGAGACAGUCCACCCACCGCAGACUGUGAAGGAGACAGUACAUACGGUGAAGGAGACGGUCCACCCACCCCAGAUUGUUAAGGAGACAGUCCAUCCACCUCAGGUUGUCACGCAACCACCCCAGAUUGUCAAGGAAACAAUCCACACUGUAAAGGAGACUAUCCACCCUCCUCAGGUGGUUAAGGAGACUAUUAACACUGUGAAGGAGACAGUCCAUAUCACUCAGCCGCCUCAGAUUCCACCUCAGAUUACAGUCCAUGUUACACUGCCUCCCCAGGUUGUUAAGGAGACUGUCAAGGAGACUGUUCAUCCUGCCCAAGUCCUCACGCAAGCACCUCAGAUUAUUAAGGAAACAGUUCACAUUACAGUUCACGUUACUGAGCCAGCCCAAGUUAUCACUCAAGCGCCUCAGAUUACAGUCCACAUCACAUUGCCUCCUCAGGUUGUCAAGGAAACUGUUAGGGAGACAGUUCAUCCAGCCCAAGUUCUUACGCAAGCACCUCAGAUUACAGUCCAUGUCACUUUGCCUCCCCAGGUUGUCAAGGAGACUGUUAGGGAGACAGUCCAUCCAGCCCAGGUUCUUACGCAAGCACCUCAGGUUACAGUACACGUCACAUUGCCUCCUCAGGUUGUCAAGGAGACUACAGUCCAUGUCACCGAGCCAGCCCAGGUUCUUACGCAAGCGCCUCAGAUUGUCAAGGAGACGGUUCACGUUACAUUGCCUCCCCAGAUCGUCAAGGAGACCGUUCAUGUCACUCUGCCUCCCCACGUUGUCAAGGAGACUGUCCAUCUCACUCAAACAGUGAGCCAUUGCACUACAACUGUUGCAGCUCCCGUCCUGGGCCACCAGCCCUCUCCUCCACCCGCCGUCCACUCGAUGCCGGCCCCGCCUCCUGCUCAUCAGGUUGCUCCGCCUGCGCACCAUACAAUGGCACCGGCCAAUCCCCACAUGCCCGCCCCCCCUACACACACCUCCUGCCGAGGCCAUGCCAGUACACACACCUCCUGCCGAGGUCAUGCCAGUACACACACCACCCGCGGAGGUUAUGCCGGUUCACACUCCUCCAGCGGCAGCGAUGCCCGUCCACAAACCCGCCGAGGCGUCGGCCGCACCCGCAAUGCCAACACAUCCCAUGAAGAUGAGGUUCAUGCGGCGCACAUAAUGCUGAGAUGA